GACACUUUCUCGUGAUGCGCUUUGGGGAUGACGAGCGUGUGACCGCGCGAGAUGGGCAGGAUGUCGAGGAUGGCGAUGACGUCUUCGUUCUCAAAGGCAAUGUGAGCGGGAUCGCCGUCGUUGAUGAUCCCGCAAAAGGGACAAGUUGGAUCGGAUGGUCUGCUCUGCUUGAUCGUCUCGCCCCUAUUCUCGAUCAGUGAGAUGAGAUGCGAUGUCAUCACGGCCAAUGUCUACGGCUGAGGCUGCUCCUGUAUGGCGCUGGGUGUCGGGCGAUAGGCAACAGUCGAUAAUUUCCUAUCGCGACUCGAUCAGCGCUCACCUCGACGGUCGACGGCAAGAUGACGUGACGUGGCCCGGCAGGCAAGCAUGUCAGAGCUCACAGCGACCAAGCUGGCUCAGUACCAACAGCUCAACUGUGACUUGUUCCUACACAAGAGCUAUCACGCACCUCGUACCAGCAGAAAGGAACCCGACGCCUACAAGCAAGCAGUCUUUGACCGUGGUCACCGUUUCGAAGCUGAGAUCGUUGCCUAUCUCCGAUCCGAAGAUCGCAUACUCGAUGUGAACUCACUGAAACCUCGAGAUGCGCUCGACGCUAUCGUCAGAGACCCGAGAGACGACUUCUUUGUCGUUGGGUUUGCCGCACGAAGCAACUUGUCUACUCACUUUGAGCAGCAUGACACACCACCGGUCCGCUUUGGUACCUUCAAGCCUGAUUUCGUUCACAUCACAAAGAUUGAAGCGGCCAUACAUUGGCACCUCAUCGACGCCAAAAUGUCACAUCAGGUCAAGCCGAGCCAUUUUGUUCAGCUGUACUUUUAUCAUCUCUCGAUGCUAGAUCUCUUGCGCAACCGUGCAGAUGAGACUUGGAUACCUUCUGAGGAUAUGUCAGUUUGGCUGCCGUCGCAUGGCGUUGACGGCAAUCCCGCAAGAACGCCAAUUCGAUUAGUCGCGAAACGCCUCGAUAAGAUGUUUUUUGGUGACAUACCGCAAAUGCUUGGGCGGGCAGAACGCGAAGUGGACUACCAUCUCAACCCGUUAUGCAAAGCUUGCGAUUUCGAACCGUCUUGUCGUGAUCGGGUCAAUGCAGAAGGUAGACUGGGCAAGAUUCCUGGUCUAUCGCACGCAGAUCGCCAUACAUUUUUGUCACUAUCAAGACAUGAAGGUUCAUGCAGUGUAGACGCAACAGAAAUAGAAGAGCUUGACUCGCUCUUGCAUAGUCCGAGCAGAAUGGCUGAAAGAUCAACGGCUGCACCCGAAGCCAGCAGUCGAUUGCGGAAAGCACUCGCUGUCAAUAGUGACGGUCAGAGCAAUAUGCUCGAAGCAGCAAAGAUGUCGAAAGUUAUGGCAACAGGCCGUCGAUCUGGCGUUCUGUCUACAGCCGAAGACGUCGCUGUCAUCUUCAGUCUGGUGCCCGAUCCGAAUGCGCUCGAUAGCGACAUCGUCGCGUUUGCUGCAGCCACCUACGUCUCGGAUACGGCUGUGGUCAGUCAAGAACAUCGAAAAUUGCUUUCGAUGCCACAGUCGGGCGACGCAGCAAGCUUUGUCAGGAUUGCUGCUCGCGUGCUGCGCCGAGUCAUUGCUGCCGGGCUGACUGCUCAAGUCUACGUCAGCCAGCCUUUCGAGCGAAGUCUUCUAUCCAGUCUAGUCGUUCGGAAUGCGCUCGAUGAUAGAGUUGAGACGGACGAUCUCAGAAUGCUCAUCGGAUGUCUCUGUGAGGGUGCUGCUGCCCUUGCGACGCAAUUUCAGCCUAUCAUCAUUCGCGAUGCCCUCGAAGUGCUCACGAAUAAAGGCGCACUACAAAAGACUGCGCUCGUCGCUUGCGCAGCUCGGCUCGAUCUCCCAAGCGACGGCUCGGUCGAUGAAGUACGCGAGCGUAUCGCCGCUAAUUUACAGACUCGCUUUCAGGGUAAAGGGAAUGCGGAGGUUGACGGUCUCAAGGUUGUUGCGUUGCUUCAUGAGAUCCCCCGCGUGCUCGCGAUCCCCGUACCGGGUUAUCUGCACACGCAAGCGGUCUUGGCUGCGCUCUCUCCCCCAGACGCUCGAGACCUUGCAGACGACGAGCAGCUAUACGCUCAACUCGAACGCGGAGGGCUGGAGUCAAUCGCUUGCUCGCUUUCUCAGCGCACGCUAGCCUGUCUGCAAAUACUUCAGGCCGCCCGUACAAAGCUACCGAUCUUGACUGGAAGGCCAUUGGAGCAUACACUGCUGCGCUCGAGUUCGAUCAUGAAGCCGAUCUUUUGCGACGUCUGUCAUCAUCCAGCACUCCGCAAGCUUAGCUUCGUCACACAAUUCGAGACACUCUCCCGGCUGGAUAAGCUUGUGACCGGUCGCAUUGAUGAUACCAGCUCGAUUGCAUCACUGAUCUUCCUUGGAUCUUUCAAGUCAGACGGCAACGUAUGGUUACAACGCUUUCGGGUCGUUCAGGGCGCCUUGGACCCUCCAGCAGAAGCAAACGGCUUCCCACUCUACGACUACUUGCUUGUCAAAGCUUCAAAUCACGUCGAUUUAGCCGUGACAGGCUUUCCCGAUCUGGCGCUCAGCAACGCGCGUGUGCCUUUAACAUAUGGCGCAGCGGCUAGCUGGCGUAGCAUGUCUGACGAAGUCCGCGAGAGCGUUCACUUUGCGUCGAUCGAGAGCGUCGAUGACACGCUUGUUUGCUUGCGGACAUGGUCAGACCCAUGGAAGCAGCCAGAAAAGGGUAGUGAAUAUCAAGUCCAUCUGCGCCUUACCGACUUUAGCUUUCGCAACAUUUUGACAAGGCUAAUGAUCAUCGAUAUCAGCUCGACGCAGUCGCUACAUCCUUUCGUAUCUCUCGUGUCUGAUGCAGAUGCUUUUGCAGCAGAACCAUCUUUUGGUGGCUCAGCAGAUGAGCUUGCCAGAGAGGCACAGAUGUCAUCAUUGUUUACGGCCCUCAAAGGCCUACGUCCAGACAUUGCGCGUGUCGCAUUUCAACCAACACAACGACGCGCGUUCCGUAGAAUGCUAACCAAUCGCCUCAGCGUCGUUUUCGGUCCGCCUGGAUCUGGCAAGACCUCGACGAUUGCCCUGAGCUUACUAAGGCUCUGCGACAUCGUCCGCUCUACUAAUUCCAAAUCAUGCUCAACCAUCUUCAUGACUGCCAUGACGCAUGCCGCAAUCGAUCAGUUUCAGGCACGAGUCGAGGACUUGAAGGCCCUGAUGAAGGACAUGCCUGGCUUAGACACCGACUUCAUUGAUAAUCUCGUACUUGAGCGAGUCCGAUCUGGCACAACGCACCCAAAGCCUCAGAGUCCAGCAGGAUCAACUGCCUGCUAUCUCGCUACAGUCUGGCAGCUCGCAAAGCUUAGCGAUCGCUUCAAGCUAGAGGCAGAUUUGAUUAUUGUCGAUGAGGCCAGCCAGCUCAGCUUGACGGCUUUGGCAAUGGUCACACAGCUGUCGCAACACGGUAAGCUCUUGCUAGCCGGCGAUCCGCGUCAGCUGGGCCCGAUAAUUACUGGCACGUAUCCGCCUCAGGACGCCUACCUCUACGGCAGCUCACUCGACUGUGUGCUGUAUCGUCACCAGGACUCCGAGUCUCAGUCGAGCUUUGGUAUGGGCGUGACGCAACUAGAAGAGAACUUCCGUCUCAACCCGGAUCUGGCCAGCUUCGUAUCCACAAUAUACACGCGACGCUUUGUAUCGAUGAAGCGUCGAGCGCAUGACCAGGUUGCGAGACGGCUUCAGCUCCAUCUAGACCGCCUUGCGCGUAGUCCCACGCGCGUUUUAUUCUCCAAUAUUGCAUGCGCAAUGCAGGGCUUGCCAUCGACACUUACGAAACCCUUUCGUACAGCGCCCAUUUCUGCCGAGCUGCAUGCCUCUCUCAUCAACAUUGACCUCUCACAGGCUAGCGCUCGAUCACCAGCUGGGUGCGCAGAAAGCGAGGCGCAGUGGAUUGCCCGUAUUGCGCAUAUUCUGCUUGAUGCUGUCGAUGACGCGACCGUCUUCGUGGCUUGUCCACAUAGAAAGCAGCGUCAAGCUGUUCGACAGGCCUUUGCACAGGCGUCACAAGCCUCACAAAACCUGUCCGACCUGGUUGGCAGCCUGACGCUCGAGGAAACCCGGGCCUCGAGGAUCAAGAUCGAGACAAUCGAGCGAUUGCAGGGUGCAGAGGCCACAUUCGUCAUCGCUUACUUCGCCAGUACAAAUGCGGACAGCCUUUCGGCGACUGAGCUAGAGUUCUUUUACGUCCGCGAACGACUCAACGUAGCGCUUUCGCGCGCCAAAGAGCUGUGCAUCUUGCUUACUUGCGAUGCGGUCCUGAUGCCGCCGCUACAAGCCAUCAGCAGUGUCGCUAGCCGGGAAGGCUUCGCGUAUCUUGACGAGUAUGUUCAGCGAAGCCAUCGUGCUCGCGUCCAAUUGUAGGGUCGUGCUAAGUCACUUGUCGUUGUACACUUUGCAUUCGCAUUUGUCAACAAAGUAUGACAUCAUGAAUUGGGGAUGAGAAUAUACAUAGCAUUUACAGACUCAGCGGGUCGUCCGCUCCGAAUCAGCUGGACUGACACUCCUAUCAGCUCCGCCAGCCAUAGACGUGGGCGAGUCGCAACGAGGCAGAGCCAAAGGUGUUAUGGAGCCU